AUGACUCUGACCAGUCAGGAAAUUCUUCACAGGGCAAGUCCACAGAAAAUUGAUGGAAAAACAAACGAAAUGUACCUUCGGCAGAUAAAAAAAACAAUAGAUCGUGAUGAGACAAAGUUUUCGGUUUGGUCUGGAACCUCUUCUAGCCUAGCUGACUGUAGUGUUAUGUGUUUGCACAAAAGUAACUGUGUUUCUUUACUGUACGAUUUUACUGAGGCGUCCUGUAAGCUUUUUGACGUGAUUUACAAUGCUGAUGGGAGUGUGGGUGCUGAAGAUGUCGUGUACUAUACUCUGGAAAGCAGCAACAACCGUCGGGUUCCCGAGUCUUGCCAAGAUCUCGUUAUUUUUUCGGGAGCAAAGACGGAUGGGGAAUACUGGAUAUAUCCCAAAGCAACAAACGGACAAAGAAUCAAGAUCUAUUGCCACGAUAUGCAAUUCAUUCCAUCUGAAUACAUCACUUUGAGGAACACAAACUAUUUUAUUCAACACGAUCAAUCGAACUGGCAACUGAAGUAUAUACAAUGUCAAUCGACAAUCAAACCACCCUUAAAAACGGUCCAUUUUUCAAAAGUCAAAAUAAACAUCCAGAAUAUGGAAAUCGAUGGGAAUGAUUAUCAAUUCACCUCUUUGACUGGUUCUCCCACGGUCGAAUAUGGACAAAGCACCGACUGCAAUGGCGAAUCUUUUCGGAACCCCUGUCCACGUUUCUCGGAAGCUGUAAUUGACACAAGAGGAACAGGGUUGAUUGUAGAUCCUACUAUAACAUGGGGUGUAAUAAGUGGCUGGUGGGCGAAAAUAGAAAAUAUUAAUCGAUCGACAGAUGGCGCUCAGAUCUCGUUUAUCUGUACUGGAUGGUGCGGCGAAUGUGGCCCAACAUCAGGACCGAUCAUACUACAACCAUCGAAAGAAUACAUUUCGGCGACAGAUGCAAAAGCUUUGGUCUGUGAUUUAGAUAGUCCUGCUCUAAUUCUUCCUGCUAUAAUUAUUCCAUAG